GCUUAGCUAUACAGUCAAAUUGCUCUGCGUUAAGUGGAAAGGCGGAAGGUAAGAUAAUCUUCAAGGAGGGGUAACGUCCAAUAGUGUUGGCUUACCCACCAAGGAGCUCCGACGAAUGUCAGUUUUUGGCCUGUGUUCUGUUAGCACUCAAAGACUUGUCCUCUAAGAACAUCGUUGUGAGGACUAAAAGUUUUAAACCUGUUCAGUUUGUAUCCGUACAGUUAAUUUAUAUAUAUAUAUAUAUAUUUUUAUACACAUAUACAAAUAUAUAUAUGCAUACAUAUAUAUUUAUUUGAACAUAGAUGUACAUACACAUAGACAUAACUUAAAUAUAUAUAUAUAGAUAUAUAUAUGUGUGAUUUAUGCAUAUAUUUAAAUCUUCGAUAGUAUCGACGUAGUACCAAUAGUCUUCAAUAAAAGAAAUAAAUUUUUUGGUACAAUGGCAAACUUCAUAAAAAUGGUGGUCAGUAAUUACCAUGAAAUCGUGGGGGAUCACAAAGAUCCAGUAGUAGACUCGUGGUUUCUCAUGAGUUCACCGGCACCUGUCCUUGCCAUUCUCAGCACCUAUCUCCUCUUUGUUUUAAAAGUUGGACCAAAGAUGAUGGAAUCAAGGCCGGCAUUCCAACUCAAAAACAUACUAAUACUCUACAAUGCUUUUCAAGUUAUAUUUAGCGUUUGGCUCGUAUCCUUGGCUUUGAAUGAUCAAUUCCUCAAAUCCGUAUAUCCGAGCAGUUGCAGAAGUGAUGUCGUGGUUCCAGAUCAACGUUCACACGAAUUAAUUUCAUCGGGGGCAUGGUGGUACUUUUUCGCAAAAAUAAUUGAACUUCUCGACACAGUAUUCUUUGUUCUUCGAAAAAAAUACAAUCAAGUUUCGUUUCUUCACGUAUACCACCAUACGAUAACAGCUCUCUUCUCAUGGUGUUACUUAAAAUAUUUACCUGGAGAACAGGGUCUUCUAAUCGGUUUCUUAAACUCAACAGUACAUAUAGUCAUGUAUACUUACUACUUAAUUGCAGCUUUAGGACCUCAAUAUAGAAAAUACUUAUGGUGGAAAAAAUACAUGACCUGGAUGCAACUGAUUCAAUUUGGUCUUAUGCUCAUCUACUUGAUAGCAAUUCUUGCUAUGGACUGUGCGAUGCCGAAAGCUCUCACAUACUUCUUUGUUACAAACGUUAUUAUUUUCAUUUAUCUCUUCAGUGAUUUCUAUCGAAAAUCUUAUACUAAGAAAAAGACAGUUUAAGUGAUACUAAUCACUCAACGCUCUGUGAAUAUGUGACUCUUUUGUACAAAUCUCAAUGUACGAUAAAUUUUUUUUUUAGUGAUAAAAGUAAUUUAUUACAAAAUGAAUGCUUGUAUAAUGUUGAGUGACGUUAAUUUAAUUAAUACAGCACCGACUAAAUUAUUAAUAAUAACGAUAGUUUCAAAUUUUUCCAGAAGUAUAAAUAGAAUAUUAUUUUAUCGAAUAUCAAUAAAGCUGUAGCCGAAAAAAUUAAAUGAAUUUAUUAUAAAAUUGUUUUUAUAAAUGUAUAAAAAAGAAUUAUUAAAUUUUACAUCAAUACAA